CCUGUUCUUGAGUUAGGCAUAGGUUAGUUGUAGUCUUUUAGUGUUAGGCAUAGGUUCCUGUUCAUACUUGACAGUUAGGGGUCGAUUGCUGGUGUCAGGUGGAAGUGAGCAGCGCUCACUCGGUAAGCACACGGCUGAUUGAUCGUGCGAAGACAUGAGUGCGAGUGCCGUGAGCACGGAGGCCCAAUGGCAUCUUGGAUGGAUUGAAUUUGCAGCUUGUGACUUUUGUGUUGCAGACCGUCGAGGAGCAGAGUGUGAGUGGCUGCGACAUUGCGUUGGGCCUCAGGAGAACAGUGUGUGACUGUGUCUCGAGCAUCCUGCGUGGCCGUUGCCAGAAAGCAGCCUCCUGGAGAGCAGCAGAGCAGCAGGCUGUCUGCGCUAUGGCCGCUGAACUGCAUUUCUCGCCCCGUGAGAUCCCUGAGCCCACGCUGAUGGAGAACGUGCUGCGCUCCGGCCUCUUCUUUGGAGCCGUUUUCCAGCUUGUGUGCGUGCUGGCCAUAACCCUGCCAGUUCCCAAGUGCCCAGAGACAACCGUCGAGGAGCAGAGUGUGAGUGGCUGCGACAUUGCGUUGGGCCUCAGGAGAACAGCGUGUGACUGUGUCUCGAGCAUCGUGCGUGGCCGUUGCCAGAAAGCAGCCUCCUGGAGAGCAGCAGAGCAGCAGGCUGUCUGCGCUAUGGCCGCUGAACUGCAUUUCUCGCCCCGUGAGAUCCCUGAGCCCACGCUGAUGGAGAACGUGCUGCGCUCCGGCCUCUUCUUUGGAGCCGUUUUCCAGCUUGUGUGCGUGCUGGCCAUAACCCUGCCAGUUCCCAAGUGCCCAGAGACAACCGUCGAGGAGCAGAGUGUGAGUGGCUGCGACAUUGCGUUGGGCCUCAGGAGAACAGCGUGUGACUGUGUCUCGAGCAUCCUGCGUGGCCGUUGCCAGAAAGCAGCCUCCUGGAGAGCAGCAGAGCAGCAGGCUGUCUGCGCUAUGGCCGCUGAACUGCAUUUCUCACCCCGUGAGAUCCCUGAGCCCGCGCUGAUGGAGAACGUGCUGCGCUCCGGCCUCUUCUUUGGAGCCGUUUUCCAGCUUGUGUGCGUGCUGGCCAUAACCCUGCCAGUUCCCAAGUGCCCAGAGACAGACUGGGACGGCUUGGAGUCUAAGACUUGGGAGACGGUGAAGAAACCAAAGGCAAGUGCUGCACAGCUAAGCAAGAAAGCCAAGAAGGAAAGCAAAAAGAAACGGUGAGGGCUUGAGCGCUAAGCCUCAAAGGCCAAAGGAAGCAGCGGGAAUGCUUGCUGAGAGGUGCUCCAAAGGCAGCGCACUGUACGUCUGGUUUUGUGGCGUGGCCGUGCUUUCCCUUGCCCGGACAUUGGAGAGGAACUGAGGAAGCUGGAAGGGCUUCUGAUGCGUGACAAACAAAUCGGACUUUGCCUGUGCGGGAUUUCAUGUGUGGCAAGAGCUGGGGACGCCGCAUUCCUUCAGGGUCCUUCAGCUCGAUAGCUGUUUCAGAAUGUUGAUGAUGAGGAGAACUUACCGCAUGUGGUUGGUCAUGAGCGGUAUCCAGGCUAUUUUAUUUUCUGUUGACAUAUCUACAAAAGGCAACCUAAAUCCCUUUGUUUAAA